GGAAAAAAAUAUGGGAAAUUUCAACACGACUCUAGUUUCAUGUAAAGGAAGAAGAUCAAAGCAGAAGAGAAAACCAGUUGUGGGUUCUUUCAACAACCCCAUUGGAACUCAUGAAGGAAUAAAAACAAUAGAGGCGGAUAAUCUUUGCAACUUGUCAAGAGACUCUGGCCUUUGCAUUUGCGUAGUCACUUGGAACAUGAACGGACAGGUCUCGUAUGAAGAUCUAGUCGAGAUGACCGGAAGGAACCGGCGGUUUGAUCUACUCGUUGUCGGUUUACAAGAGGUGCCUCGAGACAAUGUUGCACGAUUGUUGCAAGAUGCCCUAGUUGAAACACACGAGUUGUUAGGGAAGGCAAUGAUGCAGUCUCUGCAACUAUACGUGUUCGGACCAAAGAAUUCGGACUUGUUUUUAAAAGAUCUUAAAGUGGAUAAACAUUCAGUCGGAGGCUUUGGAGGAAUGAUGAGGAGAAAGAAAGGAGCCGUGGGCAUCCGUAUCAGUUAUAAGGGAUUCAGAAUGGUGUUCAUCAAUUGCCAUCUCUCCGCAGCUCACGCUGGAAAUGUAGAAGAGAGGAAUGCAGAGUGCAGGCACAUAUCUCAUUCUCUCUUCUCAAAGUAUUGGAACCCAUAUGCCAGGCCCCCACAAAUCACCAUAUGGUUAGGCGACCUCAAUUACAGGCUACAAGGCAUAUAUACACACCCAGCCAGAGACUUGAUACAAAGAAACCUUCACACACUACUUAGAAGCAAAGAUCAACUCCUUCAGGAGGCCGAAAGAGGCCAGAUUUUAAAUGGAUAUUGUGAGGGAACGCUCACAUUCAAACCAACGUAUAAAUAUAAUCUAGGAAGUAGCAAUUACGAUACAAGUUACAAGGUUCGAGUUCCAUCGUGGACCGAUCGGAUCUUGUUCAAGAUCGGAGAUCCUGGCAAUAUCACUGCAAGUUUGCACUGUUACGAGUCAGUUGAUGACAUUUAUAGCUCCGACCAUAAGCCUGUGAGAGCCCACAUAUGCUUCAAAGUUAGCAAAUACCAAUCGCAUCCCACAAGGAAUUCCAUAGUGGAUAUGUAAUUUCUCUGCAGAUAUGUGCUUUCAUGUCAGUGGUCAAUGAAGACGAUAAGACUUCAAUAUUUUUAUGCAACGCGGUUACAGAAGGCACGAUGGGAAAAUUAACGUUGGCUAACCAAAACUUUGAUUCACAUUGGAGAAAUGGUCAAGUACAGGGUUAGAUUUCUAGAAGGCAAUUUGAACAUUAUUAUAUUCCAUUUCAGCAUAUUAAAAGGAUAAAAGUGUGGAUAGCUUACAUCAUUCCAUCUGCCCUUCUCGUGUGGAGCCUAUGGUUCGGACAUUUCACAAUUGUCUUACAUGUAAACAUCAAACCAAAUCUAAAAAAAAAAAAU